ACUCUAAUUACUAUCAACCUAUACCAACCGAGAAAAGGAAAUCGAACGGACUUGUAAAUAUGCGAAUAUUUCAAUUGUGUCUUCUUUGAAAGUUUAGAUUAAGUUCGUUUGGUUUGUUUCUUGCGGCAUUGAAAGUUCAUUUGCUACCAUGACGCGGAUAAUUUUACUCGUGUGUUUUCUAGCUGGAUUAAUUGUGCGAGAUGUAGCAAGCAAUCCUGUCAAUUGUGUCAAUCGUGAUGGGAGCUUAGGACCAAUUUUUGACUGUCUACAAAUAGGUCCGCAAGAAAAGCGGGAGAAACCCGAACCACCCGAGAAACCGGAUAGACGAGAAAGGCCGGAGUUUCCUGAAUCGGAGCUUUAUGAGCCGGAAGAACCGGACAUCGAGGAACCCGAAUACCGUGGACUGGGAUGGGGGACUCCAAGGCCUUGUCCACCGGGGAACAAGAACUGCAAUCGAGAUGGAAAUGGCGGAUCCCAUGGAGUUAUGGGAGUUUACAAGGCAGCAGCGUUCAUUGGUGUCGCUAUCCUCAUCGCAAUCCUUGUCACCAUUCUCAGUCUUGUCAUAUACUGUGUGUGGAAACGAAGACGAGACAGAAGUCCUACUGAAAUGACUAACGGUAUAAAGAUAUCGAAUGGAAGCCACGGAUACGCCACACCUGGUGAGAAGUGCCCCAUGAGAGGGUGCGGGUCGGACGCUGUAUGCACAUGCAUAAACACCAGUCACCAAUGUUGUCAGCGAGCUAAGGGAUCACGACAACAUCCACAUGACAACACACACCACUACGCAGGUCCUUCACACAACACAACACAACCCACCACUCCAGUUACCCGAACGCCGCACGUCAUUCCGUACGCACAGUCAGAGGCAUAUCCAUUAGCAAUCCGAGGUGACAAGGGUGCUGACAAUGUCGAUAAUCUCCGAGGAUACAUGGGCUUGAUUAAAAGUCGUCCAGAAGGCGAUCCCAUACACCCGACCCCUCCCAACCACCCUCGGCCUGGUAUAACACAGGCCGUGAAUCACGAGUACCACAUGCCACACCAUAGUUCAGGUAUUGUAGGAAUGCAACGGAUCAAUCAUCCAAAUGAGCCACAGCAGACUUGCGCCCACUCCGGUGGCCGAAGCCCAGAUCGUCGUGCACCCGAUGCGGAUCCAUACUACUUCAAGCUAGAUGAUAGCCCGGACAUGGUCCAACCGAGAUCGAUGAUGCCAGAUCGGAAUGUCCCUGACCUCAUCGCGAACCGGCCAUUGACCUCGAAAGACCUGAUACAAGAGAGAUCCACACCCAUGAUCGACGAGAGAAUGACACAAAGGGGCGGAUAUGAUGCCAUCUUUGUACAAGAUGGUGCAAGUUCCAGUCCUUCAUCACAUGGUCUUGGCACUACUGAGGAAAGCUACGAUAAACUGGACCGAUCACGAAAAUCGUUCAGACCUAGAGAUGAUAAUGGGGAUUAUAACACUAUAUCUCUAGACGUACUCAAGAUCUAAAAUUGUCAUGAAAUAACACCGCCGUCGUAUAAAUAAGAGACAGCAUUGAUAUAAAAACCGACACAUCCGUAUGUAGCCUUCCAAUUGUAAAUCGGAAACUAGAGUAUGAUAUGAAAUAUAUUUCGAAUUUGCUUGGUUGUCACAUUGUAAUUGAGGACUUUAAACCUGUUUCUUACCCAUGAUACGUAUGGCUAACGUGUAUUGGAUCUGAAAGUUUGGUAUAACCUGUAUUUUAUCAUUCAUUCUAAUUAAAGGCACACUGUCCUACUUGUAGCUACUUGCUCCCUCUAUAUAGAAAACUUCCCAAAUCGGUGCCUGUUGG